GGAUCCCCGCUCGCAGCACCUCGGUUGUCCCGCCGCAGCCUUGCGCCCCCAGCCCGGCUCAGCGGCGCUCCUGCGGGAUCCGCGUGGCUGCGGCGGCCCGGGAGCCCGAUGCGGCUCGGCGAGCGCUGGGCCUGAGCAGCAGCGGCAACCACAGCUCCCUCAGGAGUGGGAGGCUUCGCGGCGGCGCCUGGGGCCGGGCCGGUGCCCUCCGGAGGAGGCUGUCUGCUCAGGGACGACCCCCACGGCCAUGCUGAGGCGGCGGCGGCCGCUGCUCGAGCAUCAAACAGAGCAUACUGAAACAGCAGGACUGGCUGGUGGUGCAGCAAGCAUCAUGAGUAAGCACAGAGAAGUCUGUUCCUUAUCACGUGUGUAAGGGAAAAAAGAUUUAAACAAGUCUCUUGAGUGGUGUUUUCUCACCGAUGGAGAAUUACUUCCAAGCAGAAGCUUACAACCUGGACAAGGUGUUAGAUGAAUUUGAACAAAACGAAGAUGAAACCGUUUCUCCUAUUUUAUUGGAUACCAGGUGGAAUAAGAUUCUAGAUCCCCCUUCUCCCCGACUGUCAUUUAACCCUGCAUUGGCCAGUGUGAAUGAACCUACAGUUUCUGAGUCACAGCCACAACUGAAAGUCUUCUCCCUGGCUCAUUCAGCUCCUCUUAACACAGAGGGAGAGGACCAUUGUGCUAAUGGACAGGACUGUAGUCUGAAUCCAGAGAUCAACACAAUGUGGAUUGAUGAAAAUGCGGUUGCAGAAGACCAGUUAAUUAAGAGGAACUGUAAUCAAGAUGAUCAACGCAGUAUUGUCGAAGUGGGAGAGAAGAAAUGUGGAAACCUAGCUUGUCUGCCAGAUGAGAAGAGCGUUCUUGUUGUAGCCGUCAUGCAUAACUGUGAUAAAAGGACAUUACAAAGCGAUUUGCAGGAUUGUAAUAAUUAUAAUAGUCAAUCCCUCAUGGAUGCUUUUAGCUGUUCACUGGAUAACGAAAACAGACAAACUGAUCAAUUUAGUUUAAGUGUAAAUGGGUCCACUGAAAACGAUAUGAACUCAGAGAAACAAAUGGAUCCAUUGAGUAGACCAAAUGCAGAGGGGGAUUCUGUUAAAUACAUAUGUACUACUUCAUCUGAUAAUCUAGCCAGUGUCUGUUCCCCUUCACAGUUACAGGAUGAUGAAAAUAUAGAUAGAGACCCCACCAUGUCUGUCAUUACAAGUUUAACACCAGAUUCAGUAAUCUCAUCCCAGGGAACAGAUGAAGGUCCUGCUGUAAAGCAAGAGGACUCUACACCAGAUGAGGUUCUCACUGGCAAAACCAGCUCUCCUAGGACAGAUCUAGGGAGUCCAGACUCCUCUUCCCACUUGAGUGAGGGGAUUUUGAUGAAAAAAGAGCCAGCAGAGGAAAGAACAACUGAAGAAUCCAUCCAGUCUGGUUUACCUUUGCUUCUCAAAGCUGACAUGCCUAAUGGGUCUGGCAGGGAUGAUAACUGUGAACAGUUUUCAGAUUGCCUUGUGCCUGGUGAAGUUAGAGCUGAUGAAAAUGAAGGUUGUAAACAUGAAGAAAUUCUUGGCACUACAGAGCUUCUUAAUAUGACCGAGCAUUUCUCUGAAUCUCAGGAGAUCACUAAUUGGAAAUUGACUAAACCAAACAAGAUGAAUGACAGCCAAGUAAAUAAAGAAAAUGAGAAGUUUCUGCACAUGAAUCAGCCUGAAGAUACUUAUGAUGAUAGUGGAGGAGAGUGUGAUAGAAUGGCAGAAGCAGGUCUAGAUUUAAAACAAACUUGCAUGAAUGAAAGUGAAGGGUGCGAUUUCUCCACUGUUAUGGAUACACCAGCAGCAAAUUCACUAUCUAAUUGUUGUGAUUCCUAUGGAAUGCAGAGCCCAGUUGUUUGUUUUGUUCCAAAGACUUUACCUUCCAAAGAAGAUUCAGUAACAGAAGAAAAGGAAAUAGAGGAGAGCAAGUCAGAAUGCUACUCAAAUAUUUAUGAACAGAGAGGAAAUGAAGCCACAGAAGGGAGUGGACUACUUUUAAACAGCACUGGUGACCUAAUGAAGAAAAAUUACUUACACAAUUUCUGUAGCCAGGUUCCAUCAGUGCUUGGGCAGUCUUCACCCAAGAUAGUAGCAAACCUGCAAUCUAUCAGUGUUCCUUUUGGUGGUGCAAGGCCCAAGCAACCUUCCAAUCUUAAACUUCAAAUUCCAAAGCCAUUAUCAGACCAUUUACAAAAUGACCUUCCUGCAAACAAUGGAAAUAAUAUUAAAAACAAAAAUGAUGUUCUUGGGAGAGCAAAAUUAGGGGAAAACUCAGCAACCAAUGUAUGCAAUGCCUCUUUGGGAAAUAUCUCUAUUGCUGAUACAAAUGGGGAACAUUUAGAAAGUUAUGAGUCUGGGAUAUCCAGUAGACAGUGCGUUGCAUUACCUCCAGAAAGCCCAGAUAAUGAUCUCAGAGCUGGUCAGUUUGGAAUUUCUGCUAGAAAGCCAUUUACCACUCUGGGUGAAGUGGCUCCAGUGUGGGUACCAGAUUCUCAGGCUCCAAAUUGCAUGAAAUGUGAAGCCAGGUUUACAUUCACCAAAAGGAGGCAUCAUUGCAGAGCAUGUGGGAAGGUUUUCUGUGCUUCCUGCUGUAGCUUGAAAUGUAAACUGUUAUACAUGGAUAGAAAGGAAGCUAGAGUAUGUGUAAUCUGCCAUUCAGUGCUAAUGAAUGUGGCUCAGCCCAGAGAGCAGAGGCGAGUUUGGUUUGCUGAUGGGAUCUUGCCUAAUGGAGAAGUUGCUGAUGCAGCCAAAUUAACCAUGAAUGGAACUUCCUCUGCAGGAACCCUGGCUGUGUCACAUGACCCAGUCAAGCCAGUAACUACCAGUCCCCUAUCAGCAGAGACGGAUAUUUCUCUAUUCUCUGGAAGUAUAACUCAGGUUGGAAGUCCUGUUGGCAGUGCAAUGAACCUUAUUCCUGAAGAUGGCCUUCCUCCCAUUCUCAUCUCCACUGGUGUAAAAGGAGACUAUGCUGUAGAAGAGAAACCAUCACAGAUUUCAGUAAUGCAGCAAUUGGAGGAUGGUGGCCCUGACCCACUUGUAUUUGUUUUAAAUGCAAAUUUGUUGUCAAUGGUUAAAAUUGUAAAUUAUGUGAACAGGAAGUGCUGGUGUUUUACAACCAAGGGAAUGCAUGCAGUGGGUCAGUCUGAGAUAGUCAUUCUUCUACAGUGUCUACCGGAUGAAAAGUGCUUGCCGAAGGAUAUCUUUAACCAUUUUGUGCAGCUUUAUCGGGAUGCUCUGGCAGGGACUGUUGUAGGCAACUUGGGACAUUCCUUCUUCAGUCAAAGUUUCCUUGGCAGUAAAGAACAUGGCGGAUUUUUAUAUGUGACAUCUACUUACCAGUCACUGCAAGACCUAGUACUCCCUACCCCACCUUACUUGUUUGGGAUUCUCAUCCAGAAAUGGGAAACUCCUUGGGCUAAAGUGUUUCCCAUCCGACUAAUGUUGAGACUUGGAGCCGAAUAUCGACUUUAUCCUUGCCCACUGUUCAGUGUCAGAUUUCGGAAGCCAUUGUUUGGAGAGACGGGGCAUACCAUCAUGAAUCUUCUUGCAGACUUUAGAAAUUACCAGUAUACAUUGCCAGUAGUUCAAGGUUUGGUGGUUGAUAUGGAAGUUCGGAAAACCAGCAUCAAAAUUCCCAGCAACAGAUACAAUGAGAUGAUGAAAGCCAUGAACAAGUCCAAUGAGCAUGUCCUGGCAGGGGGUGCCUGCUUCAAUGAGAAGGCAGACUCUCAUCUCGUGUGUGUCCAGAAUGAUGAUGGCAACUAUCAGACCCAGGCUAUCAGUAUUCACAAUCAACCCAGAAAGGUGACUGGUGCCAGUUUCUUUGUGUUCAGUGGCGCUCUGAAAUCCUCUUCAGGAUAUCUUGCCAAGUCCAGUAUUGUGGAAGAUGGCGUUAUGGUCCAGAUCACUGCAGAGAACAUGGAUGCCUUGAGGCAGGCGCUGCGGGAUGAAGGACUUCACCGUCACCUGUGGCAAGGCAGAUGCCGAGGAUCCCCAGGAGCACAUCCACAUCCAGUGGGUGGAUGACGACAAGAAUGUCAACAAGGGGUAAAUGCGGUGACCUUCCCACCUUGUGGCAUUUCGUUAUGGGCUA